AAUAGUCGUUAAUAAAUGAAUGUGUAUGUAGUCAUUUUCUUUAACGAGUCGUAUUGUAACAACUAUUCAGUUAGCCGAAGGAUGUCUGCUCUACAAUCAGUAAACAUUGAAGAUAGAGCUUUGAAAGUUCUCUUCGAUGAUGGCACGUCCUUAGUAUUUGAAGAUUGCUGGUUGAGGGAUCAUUGCAGGUGUUCCACAUGUUACCGUACAGAUACGUUCCAAAGAACUCAACAUAUACUAGACAUACCAGACGCAACUAUCAACAGCGUGGAGUUUGACAGAACUGAAAUUCUUAUAAAAUGGAACGACAAUCAUGAAUCAAUUUAUAAGUCUGAAUUUCUAUCAGAGUUUGACUACAAAACUUGGACUAACCAAAGACGAUCUAGGCCGUUACUCUGGCGUGGAAAAGAAGUGGCAAAUAAAGUAGCGAAAGUCCAUGUCGACAAGUUUCUUGACUCUGUGGAAGGUGCUAAAGCAGUUUUUACAAGUCUCGUAGAUUAUGGAGUGGCACUUAUUGAAGGGGUGGGAGUAUCGCUGGAGGCAACAGAGACAGUUUGUAAAGCUCUAGGCGGUAUACAACACACGAUGUUUGGCGGCAUGUGGACGAUCUCCAACUUACUGGUGCAUGCUGACACGGCUUAUUCCAAUGUACCGCUAGCGGUGCACAAUGAUAACACCUAUUUCAAUGAAGCUGCUGGGCUUCAAGUUUUUCAUUGUCUAGAACAUUCCAACGGAACUGGCGGAGAAACGAUCCUCAUGGAUGGAUUCUAUGGAGCCUCACAGCUAAAGAAGGAGUUCCCAGAGGAUUACGAGUUCUUGACCACCUUCGAAGUGGAAGCGGAGUACUUAGAGGACGGCCAUAACUUCAGAUACGCAGCACCGGUCAUACAAGUAGACAAGUUGAAGGAUCUUCAGCAAAUAAGAUUCAACGUCUACGAUCGUUCAGCGAUGGCAUUCUCCAGCCGAGAGGAAUGCCGGGCGUAUUACCGCUCGCUGAGGAAUUUGUCAAGAUACUAUGAAAAUCCGGAAUGCCAGUGGAAGUUUAAACUUGUGCCAGGUCUAAUGGUGGCGUUUGACAAUUUUCGUCUUCUACACGGCAGAACAGGGUUCACAGGGAAUCGAGUUCUUUGCGGGAGCUACGUCGCGCGCUCUGAAUGGCUAGAUAAAGCGCGAGCGUUGGGCGCUAUCCGCUAAAACGUCCCCUUUCAGCCAAUUUAACUUAUCUUGUUUCUCUAUUGAACUGUUAAAUAAGUAUUCUAAGUAUAUUUAAGUAAAUAUAUAAAGGAAAAAAAAAGGUGACUGAUCGUUUCAA